AUGCAACAUUCUAUCACACUUCGAGUAUGGAGGUUUAUCCUGGACGUUAAUUGGGGACUCGAUUCGAUUGGAUUGUGGUUACUAUACUACAUAGCAACAAAGAGGGAGCGAAGCGACCGUCACUCUAAGAGUGUGCGUCGGUUUGCUGUUUUAUGCCAUGGCUUCACCACGAAUGGGAUAAAGAAGAUAAAUACCGACUCGGAAUCAGAUGUGGGGAUUGUCAAGGAUAGUUCCAUGAGACUCGGCACACCUGAACAGGCAGGUACCAAGCUCGAACAAAGACUUGAUAAGCUUGAUUCCAAAGUGGAUGGCUGGGUUAAAUGGGCGGUUCGAUUCGGGAUAGGAGGAAUCCUUGUUGGUUUUGGAUUAGUGUUUGAAUCGAGAAACCACAUGGAUAAGAAAUUCGACAUAUUCCAGGCGACGAUCGCGAAAUCUAUCAAAGAUUCUGAAGAGAGACUCGAAACAAAGAUCAAAGAUCAAAGAUUCUAA